AUGUCCUCAAAAUACGACUUCGUAAAGGAUCUUAAUCCGACGAAAGAAGAGUGGAGGAUUAAAGUGCGUGUAGUUAGGUGUUGGAAGGUUCCCAAUUUUAAUCAAAAAGAUUUUGAUGACAAUGUGGAUAUGGUUUUGGUCGACGAACAGGGUGUAAGGAUCCAUGCUACGGCCAAGGGUACUUUGCAGGUUCGAAAGAAAAUUCGUGAGGGUGAUGCUUAUUUUAUAAAAAAAUUUGGAGUUGGGUUGAAUACGGGUAAUUUCAGGCCAACACGGCAUGAAUAUCGUCUGCCUUUCAACUUAAGGACGGACGUGAAAUCCAUUAUUGAUGCUACGAUUCCUGAGCGUGGUUUUGAUUUUGCUGAGUUUGACGUUAUUGAGAAAGAAUCCUCUGACUCUCCUUAUUUAAUAGGUGAUGGGAUUGAUGUAUUGUGUUAUUCGCUUUCAAUUAAGAUUUUGUAUAUAGGACGUAAGGCUGAAACCCAUGUUAUUUGUUGUGUAGACGUCAUUGGUUUGCUGUCUGAAAUUGGGGAAGUACGUGGACAUGUCAUCUCUGGUAGGAAUACAAAAAUGGUUGUCGUGGAGCUUGACAACCUGAGGGGUCAGAAACUUGAAUGCACUUUGUGGGAGUCAUACGUAGACGAGGUCCAAACUUUCUUAGCAAAGAAUCAAAGUGCUCAAAAUGUUAUAAUACUUCAGCUUGCAAGGAUAAAGGGUUUUAGGGGACAGAUUGGAAUAGCUAAUACAAAGUAUACGACGAAAAUUCUUUUUGAUUCCAAUAUACCUGAGAUCGUAGAGUUCAAAAAAAGGCUUUCCGAUGAUCUGAUGGAAAGUAGUCAGAUGUUGACUCAGUUGUCCAGCCCAUCUUCAUAUUCUUAUGAAAAUGAUUUUCUCAAGGAUACAGAGAUGAAAUUUCUUACUGAUAUUAAGAAUUGCAUAGAUGCUACUACUUGCAUUACUUAUGGAACUGUAAAAUCCAUCGAAAGUAAAUACAACUGGUGGUACAAGUCCUGUAAGAAAUGUCCAUAUUCAGUGUGCGAAUAUUUUGAGAAAUGGUAUUGUAAGAACUGUCAGAAACAUUGGAAUGAAUAUACUCCGAAGUUCAGUGUUCAAGUCAGAGUUGUUGAUAACACAGAUUCUGCUUCUUUCGUACUAUUUGAUAGAGACUGUCUUUCUUUAUUAGGAGUGAGUGCUGCUGAAUUGCGCGAGCAACAUUUUAAGCGGGAUGAUUCUGUAUUUGACAGUCCUCCUGAUGAUAAUAUUAUGUCGAUAGGGUCAGGAAAAGCUGUGGAUGUUCAGAGCCAAACCUGUGAUAGUACUGAUGAUGCUGAUAUUUCUCUCACUUUGUUGUCACCGUCUGUGAAGUAUGGUGAUGUUGUUGAAGAUAAAAAUAAUUCCGGUGACACUUUGGAGCAGAAAGAAAAUCUGUAA